GUCUUGCACGCACCUGUUAUUUCCCAUGCGUAAACCGGAAGUCGGCCAUUUUGAAGGUCUUCCGAAAUAAACAAAGAACUGUCUUACAGCAUAUACACAAAUUGAUGAUUAAUUAUAGAUCACCGGUGCUUUUUACGCAUUAAAUAUGUCCAAGCGAAAGAUUAACGACGCUGAGAGUGAUUCCACUAAGUUAUUGUAUAGAGAUGGACUCAGUAAUGAGGAGAAAGUGCGGUACGAUGAGAAACUGAAAAUUCUCGGCGGGUGUGAUCCAUAUGAAAUCGUGUCGUGGUCUACUGAAGUAUCAUUGUUGCCACCUGUCACGUACAUUGACAUUGUAAAUUACUUGCUUUGGUCUCCAAGUGUGUACACAAAGGAUGAACUGAAGAGUUAUAAGGGGUUAGAUGCGUACAACCAGUUUGUAAAUGGAUAGGUCAGGGACAGAGCAUCUGUUGUGUGCAACGAUUACACAGUGGUCACUGCAAAGACCCUGGGUCAUAAGCGACAAGACCGGACAGGUGAUGGGUGCCCACUGCACGUGUAUGGCUGGGUUAGGCGAGGCCUGUACACACAUCGCUGCUCUCCUUUUUGCGGUUGACGCAACAGUACGGAUUAGGGACUCGAAGACUGUGACUGAUGAAAAAGCCUAUUGGUUGUUGCCGUCUGCCAUGAAAACUGUGGAGUAUAAAAAGGUACAGGAAAUAGACUUUACGUCAGCGGAAACCUUAAAAAGAAACUUCACCGCCACUCUGGAUGCUGUUACAUCACCAUGUGUAGGCGCAACUUCUGGACCCUCUGUACCGCCAUCAACACCUGUAACGCGUACUCCGAAGACACCAGGAUUAAAACCGAGGGAAGAUAAAGUGCCAGAAGCGUCAGAUGAUGAAAUGAUGAAAUGA